GCGUAUGUUGCAAUACACAUGCCAACAUAAAUACGGAUUAUCUACACUUCGAAAAGAAAUAUUUAAAUUAAUGCAUAUAAGACUUUGUUUGUUAAUUUCAUAAUGGCGAAAUCGACAUACAGAAAUGUUGACAAUGUACAACUACCUGAAAUCGAUUUUGCAGAUAUAUUUUAAUCCCUCCUGUCACUUCGGAAUAUAAUAGAUAUACAUUCUAUGUCUUAAGAAAAUUAUCUUUACGUUUGGAUUUUCCGUUUAGAUUUAAAUCGAUUCGGGAUAUAUUUUUGAUAUGGAAUUAAUACAACCGGCUAACACAUUCGUUGAAAACGUAACAACGAAUAAUGUGUUAAAGAAGAAUUCUCCGCUAAAGCCACUUCCUGCGAAGGCAAAAGUUGAUAAAUCUGGAUGGUUAUGUUCGCAUGGACCUCAACAUAGUCCGAAAUAUGGAAUAAGACGAAAAUUAUGGAAAGGUCCAUCUCCGAUGAACCUCAGGGAUUCUGCCGUCAGUGACUCGCCAUCAACGGGAACAACGUCUCGUUCAACUGUUAUUACUGUGAGAGGCACAAGUGUUACUCCUUGGAAAACCAAUAUUACAGACAUUUGUAAAGCGUAUGAAACACCAUCACCAAUGAAGCCAGCUAGAUUUGAGGAGGUUCAGUUGCCUCCUGUUUCUUUAUCAGCUCCGUUACUGUCGGUUUCACGUGUGUCUAACAUUAAUCCCAAGUAUCGGCAAAUGUCCUACACCAGUACUGGGCGCCCGAGAGAAUCCGACGAUGUAGACUACAAUGUUAACCCAGACCCUGUACCUUACCAACCUCAGAAUUUUAUGCGCCCAUAUAGCUACCAUGGUUUGGACUCUGAGUCUUCGACUUUACUGAAAAAAGUGACAGUACCAAAACGUCACUUAGAUUCGUUCGCUGGAUAUGAAUAUACCCUAGGAGCAAAGCGUGGAGUUAUUUUACAUACAGAUAGAUAUCAAACAGAUGGCGCUCUGAAGUGGGCAGGAUCAAAAACAUUGGACUCCUUGAGCCAGCGUGAUAGACUGAGGGCCGAAUUAGAAUACAUGGAAAAAUUACGUGGCAUAAAAAGACGACGUGAGGUUCUUCCUCAUAGAGCACAACUCGAUUUGUUAAUGGGAGGCAAACGAGUGGACCUGACAGAACGAUUCGACAUUCAAAGGGAAAUACAAAAGCUGAAAUCAUUAAUAAUGCCACAGAAUGCACGUGACUUGUUCCACGGAAGAGGUUUCACGUUACCAGAUCAACAUGCAUCAUUAAAGCCAAGACAACAACCCACUUUAGAUUACGAAGAUGAUGACUUAUUUAGUUCAGCACCUGCAUCUCUUCAACGUCUUCCAAAACACACAAUUGAUACAGAUAUUGGUUUCUUAAAAUCUAGAACAAACAUCGGAAACAAACGGGCCAAUGAGAGCCAAUUGCCACGAAUUAGUAAUAGAUCUUCGACUAUAGGCCUUGGUUCAUCGUCUCCAGUUUUACUGUCCAAAGAAAAGCGCACAGUUGAUCAAAUUAAAGCUAGAAUAAGCAUACCAACAGUUGUAGAUCUAAAUAAAAUCGGUCAUUUGUCGAACAAGAGAACAAUGUCGUGCAUGACACCCGCCUACCUCCGACGGUCAAGAACAAAUAUACAUCAGAAAGAUAAAUACUACACAGGUUUCCCAGACAGUAAUGCACAAAAAGGACUGAAGGUAACUCCAAAGAGUGAAAACGUAAAACGAGUAGACAUUCCCUCGGCAAGCCAAACGCCACGGUUACCACACGAUGUUACAGAGGAGACACCUGGACCUUUAGAACCAAUGAAGGAUCCCUACCCUUCAGAAAUAGAUCUCAAAGCUGAUCUUGCCGAUGACGAGAUUGAAGCCUUAGAAACAGCCAGAGACAGACCAGCAUCUUUACUUAAUAAAUCUGAAACACCAUUUAAACCUGCUACCCCUAAUCCAUUAAAGGGAUCAGAACUAUCACGAAAGCUUCCAGAGGACGAACAAAAACUAUUAAAAGAAACAUUUAAAAAACUGGAUACAGAUUCAGACGGGCAUCUCAUGUAUAACCAAGUACAAACUCAACUUCCAAGAUUAUCAAGUCCGCAGGAGAGAUUUCUAAAACAGGUGUAUGAUAUAACAAGUUCUAGUACAUUCUUUGGUAUAGAAGAGUUUAUGACAAUGUCAGCUCUAACUAAGGUGGUCAAUGAUCAAAAAGAUGCUGCAAAGGAGGCAUUCACUAGUCUUGAUUUUUCCGAACUUCAUCAUAAUAUAGUUAGCUUUAUAGAUUUAUUCCAGACAGUAGAUAGGCAUCAGAGUGGCAUAAUAUCAAUAGAUUCACUACAAGAAGUACUAUGUGCAGCCAUAGAGACAGACCUGCGUUCGGAAACACAGUUAUGGAAUACUAUCAUAGAUGUUGUAGAUCCGGCUGAUGGUGUUCAGAUAUCAAAAGUAGAGUACCUCGCUCACUUACCAUACUUUUUAUCAUUACGGAAAACCGAAAAACUCCCCAAGCCAACUCGAAUGUGACCAUAGGAAAAAACAAUAACUUACAACGUUCAACUCAAGAUAUGAACUUUUGAACAUAUCAGAAUUCUUUCAACUGUGAUAUAUAUAUAAACUGUUUCUACACCUGUCUUUCAUUUUAUAUUGUGGAAUUAUGACAAUGCCAUUUCUGUGGUGUAUUGAUUGUUCGAUCAAACAUAUGCAUUUAUUAUAUCAAUAUGUCUAAAUCAAACUUUAGUUUAGUAUACUUUUUUUUGUAUAAUCAUGUAUGUUUAUGUGUGCUAAAGACCAAUGGCAUAACACUAUAGAUUGAUUCAAAAUAAAGGUAGACGUGACAGGUCUGGUAUUCUAAAAUGCACCAUUAUCCGAACAUAAUUCUUUCUUACAUUAAUGUAGUUUUCGACUGAAACCAUCACUGAAGUAUUUCAAAACCGUGGUAUUUUUUCUUGUUAAAACACUUCCGGUCUAUUUUGUAACAAACGAUUGCACUUCUAUAUUACUGUAAGGGAUACUGACUCGACAUGUUUCUCUCAUUUACAGUUGUUAUUGAUAAAAAAAUAAGUUUUAAAUUCUUAAUCCAGCCUCUUACUUGUUCUUGUAUUUUGAAAAAUUUCGAUAAAUUAGGGAAUCAGUUAUGAUUAAGUUAUCGUUUCUUUUUGAAGGAUUACAGUAUAAGUACAUUUGUUUCAUAAUCAAUUUGAACUACUUUUUGAUUACAUGUUUUUUUCAUACUAGUUAUCAAUGGAUUUCAUCAUUGUAGGAUUCUGGGUACUUAAUCAUGACAUGAAUGAUGUCUCUAUAGAAAUUCCAAAAUAUACCUAUGUUCAUUUUUUUUCUCUCCGUUUUUUUUUACAUCUUUACUGAAAUGAGAAUGAUUCGUUUACGUUCGAUUUUAAUAGAAUACUGACAUCAAUUUUAUGAUGAGUUUUGUUAAAACUAAGCGUACUUGUAAAGUUCGUAAAAUAAAGUUUUGAAACUAA